GACGGGGGGAAUGGCAGAGAGAGGUGUCAUCCAACAUGUGGAACAGCUGCUACAUGUGGGGCAUUGAGCUCCAUGUCUGCGGUGAUGGCACCAGGGGGGAGCCUGGCAAUAUUGAAGAGGAGGAGACCAAGGGCAGAGCCCUGAGGGACGCCCCACGUAACGGUGCGGAGGGGCUGGAGGAGAAUCCAUCAUGGACACAAAGUGGAGACGAUGGGAAAGUUUUUUUGAUGCAAAGUGAGGCAAAUGCUAUUCUAAAAAGAUACCGGAGAGCAAAUAAUUUUUUCGAAGAAGUGAAACAGGGCAACAUAGAACGUGAAUGUCGAGAAGAAGUUUGUACUUAUGAAGAAGCAAGAGAAGCUUUUGAAAAUGAUGAGGCAACCAAUGCAUUCUGGAAAGAUUACAUGAAGGGACCAGAUGACUAUCAAGGAAGUGGCUCUGAUGUUAAUGUGGAUUCAGUGUACAUUAUAGUUCCUCUCCUGACUGGGCUUCUCAUGAUUAUUGUUAUACUUUUUGUUAUCUGGAGAUGCCAACUUAGAAAAGCUACACUCAGGCAGAGUGUUACCCAGACUAGGUGUCAAGCAAACCAGACCAGCAGAAAUGUAUCUGUAGUUGUGUUUGGUUACAAUGAGCAGCAUGUUGGUCCGUUUGACCCAUUACAUACACAGCUACUAGAUGGUCUGACUGCUGAUUAUUCCAGUGGAAAUUGUCUAGCUUCUGGCAUGGUAAUUCAUGGUCCUCUUUGUUCAUCUGGAUUGUCCAAUUCAGGUUUACCGCCAUCCUAUGAUGAGGCCACUGGACAGGUGGGAAAUGUAAGAAAUGAUUGUGCAAACCAUCAUGGAGAGAAUCCUCCGAAGUACGAGGAAAUUGUGAACCCAAAUGUAGCCAAAAAUGUGGUAUCAGAAGUUGAGAGAAAUGUGAGAUAAACAAAUCUUUAAUAUUGCA